GAUGGCGGCGCCCGGCGAGGCGUGGAACCGGGUGGACGUGCCAUGGCCCGCGAGCGGCGCGACCGUGGCGCUGGUGGCGGGACACCCUGCAGUGAGGUGGCUGCCGCUGCUGCGGCGGCGGUGCGACAUCGCCCGCAAGCGGCUGUCGGGGACAGGCCUGGCCGCCGAGGGACGCGUCCUGCGGGCCGUGCUCUACGUGUACCACAGCAGGCUGCUCCGGCACCGCUCCUACCUGGCCCUGCAGCAGGUAGAACAAUGCUUGAAGCGCCUGUGGAAAAUGGACUUGGUGGGCUGCAUUGAAACUCUGGCACAACUGAUUCCCAAGAAAAAUGCAUCCCAAGGCCAUGCAGAGUGCUUAGUUCCCAGCCAGCCUAUGCUGGAAACAGUGGCUCUGAAAGUAUUAGGAGGUUGCAAGCUCAUACUACGUCUACUGGACUGCUGCUGUAAAGCUUUUCUCUUGUCCAUUAAACAUCUCUGCUCGGAAGAAUUCAUACUUCUAAAUACUGUGGCUUCAGGGUUCUUGAGCAGGCUAUGGAUUCAGUACAGGUGCAUACUGCAGAGCCUCAUGUCCUUGUAUAGCGUAUUGUCAACAUCACUCCGUCUUGUGUCAGAGACCCAACAGAUGCCUUAUAUCAAGGAGUUUACCUUCCCUUCUGAUAUCAGUAACUUCCUUGGAGUUAAUGUUUCUUCUGAGGUGAAGAAGCAAAAGCCUAGAAUGCUCACAACAAAAAAACCUACCAGCUGGCUGAAGAAGCUCCUCCCAACAAUGCCAGAGACUGUGUCGGAAGCUGGGAAAAAGAGAAACUCUGUGACCUACAGGAGUGCUGUGCAAACCUGUAGCUCUGCAUGCCCUGCAGACAUUGGAGAGCCAGUUCUGGUGCCCAGAGCCAGCAGAGGGAAGCACCUGGGGUUUGAUGUGAAGAGCUUACUUAGACCAUCCAGACUUCUAACAAAAGAGAGUAUAAGCAUUGCAUCAACACCAUUUAAAGCAAAGUCAGCAUCAAUUUCCUCUCAUAUAGCAAAAUUGCAGCAUACUGGAUCUCUUGUACAGAUGGUCCAAACAGCUACAACAUUUGGGGAGCUGUCAGAGGCACUCAGAAAAGCCAUUCUGUGGUGCAGAGGCAAGAAAUUGAAAUCAGAAGCUUAUUUCCUGCGUGACAAGUUGUUGAAAAGCAACCGUCUGCACCAUGUGGAGGCUCAAGGAUGCAGCUUGAAGAAAAAACUUUGCUGUGUCAAAACAUCUGUCUGUAAAUACCUCCUCUAUGGGUCAUAUUGGCCAAAGCGGUACUGCAGGGAACGGCUCUGUCAGAGGAGAAGAAGGAUCUUGAAGAGACCUCCAAAGCCUGCUCGGCAAAACCCACCUGAGCUUUUUGGGGCCUGUGAGAACAGUGUAUCACCCAUCCUCCCAGCUGACCACGAAGGGCCUCUGAGUUGGGAACGACGUUCCAGUGCUGAUACAUCCUGUGUCAAACUGAACAUGGCAGCGACUCCUAAGCAGCUGCUGCUAGGAAGCCCUGGUUCUCUCUGGAAAGAAGCUGCUGAGAACAUGGAUAUUGAUUCUAUUUUUGCAACAAUGGGUGUCUGACUCUGGACUUGCAAAGAAG